AUGUCAGGCCAAAAUAAUGCUGAUACAGUUUCAGAUCUGAAUUACAUUCUAUGUGAAGGUGCCAGAAGUCCAACGCUUACCUGUUCUCCAUCACAAAUCAUCAUAAUUGAAGAUGCCGUUUAUGGUAGAACAGACUCCAUUGUGUGUCCUCACCCAAGUGUUAAAUCUAGCGUGUCCUAUUCGUGUAAAAGGACAGAUACCAACCGUGUAGCGAGUAAAUGUGAUUACAACCAAAUAUGUUUACCAGAUUCUUCGAAUAAAGAUGGAGAUCCUUGCCCUGGUACAUACAAAUACCUAAAUGUGACUUACAGGUGUGUCGAAGGUAUGACAACAAACUACAUAAAUCAAUCCACAUCUACUCCUUCAAAAGUGGAUAGCAACAAAAGCAUAGCAGGUUUGGUUGCAGGUAUUGUAACUGGUUUUGGUUUCAUUGCUUUGGUAGUUGUUAUCUUCAUACUUAGACGUUUCUCUUUUUCCUGUUUUGCAAGGAAAGUUCCAAAUGAAAAUGAAGUUGACGAACAAGAUUAUACAGGGGAUCAAAUUGUUUCUUACAUUAACUCAAACGCUUCUGCUAUUCAAAAAGACAAUCAUUACUAUGCCACACUUGGAAAUGAAACAGAUGGUCAUAAUUAUGGAGAAUUGGAAAAUUCUCCACAGUGUGCAAUCGAAUACCAUACUAACGAACCGCAUUCUUAUAUGACCGUGUAUGAUUCUCUUGACCAGAAUAGACAAUCGGCAAUAACUAAUGCGACAUAUGAAGAAGUUCAACAAAAAGACAAUGGUUCAACAUCAAUUCUUGGAAAAACUGGAGACAAACAUUAUGAUUAUGCAGAAUUUGAAACAAACUUAACAGCACGCGAUGAUUCUAGUUAAAAAUAUCGAAACAGUCAAACGAUGAUUCUAGCUAAAAUAUAUUUGUCAGUUAAACAACGGUACUUUAUUCUUGAUCCAAAGGACAUAGAUACUAUGAAAGAAGCUCAAAUUAGAAAUGCCACAGUUUUGGAAUAGAAUAAGGCUAUAACCAGACGAAGGACUGUUCGGUUCUUGAUCCAAAUAAAACAGUCGUUGAUAGAAGCAAAAAUAAAAACUUAGAUACUUCGUGAGAGUACAUGCUUCCAAGGAAACUUAUAAUAUAGGCCAAUACUAUAAACGGAGUACAUUUUAAUUGACCAUUAAAUAUAAAGUGAA